UAGCGAAGUAGCGAAGCGUGCCAGUGAUUAGUUUGAUGAUCAACUAUAAUACCUACUGAAAAGUUUGACACAGUGAAAUUUUAAGGAUGAAGAAGAAAGAAUGCGUACUUCGACAUUGACAUGUUUUCACAAGUACCCAGGUGUCAUCUUUCUGACUGUCAAUUUUGAAACAGCCUCAAGAAAAAAUGUAGGUAAAUAAAAAAUGUUCGCUCAAAAAUGUUUCUUUCGGCUAUUAAAACACUACUCGUGUAGACAAAUUAUACAAGAGAGAAAUGCUCACAUUUCCGUGAUCGGCGCCGGGAACGACGUCGGGGUGAACUUGGCGAUGUUGUUGAAGACCAACCACAAGGUGAGCCGGCUGCAUUUGUACGAUGACGAUGAUAAGAUCUACGGCGUGGGCUGCGAGCUGAACAAUAUCCCGGGCGGCCUGGUCGAGGCCUUCUCCGGCGACCGGCAGCUCGCGCUCGCUAUCCGCGACGCGCACCUCAUCGCCAUGGUCACGCGCAUCCCGCGCAAACUCGCCACCACACCACACCAGAUGAUCAUCGAGAACGCCCCCGCCGUACAAAAAGUCUGCCUGACCAUCGCCAAUCACAACCCCGAAGCUUUAUUCGCCAUCUCCACCGACCCCAUCAAUUGUAUAGUGCCAUUCGCGAGCGCCCUACUCUCCAUGUACAACUGCUACAACCCUUUCAAAGUGUUCGGCGUGACGCACAUCGAUACGGCGCGCUCCCGCGCCUUCGCCGGCAAAAUGCUGGACGUGGACCCAAAGACUAUUAAAGUUCCCGUCAUCGGCGGCCAUUCUGAUAAAACUAUCGUGCCAUUGUUUUCUAGUAUAGAACCGUCCUGUUACGCUAUUAGUAGCGAGCAGGCCGAUAUGCUGACGCGGUUCGUGAGGACGGCCGAUAAAGACGUGAUACUGAACAAGCAGGGAACGGAAUCGGCGACGCUGGCGAUGGCGUGGUCGAUCAACGAGUUUAUAGAUUCUAUAGUGGACGCGAUUAACGGGGAUGAGGUGGUGGUGAACACGUACAGCCCUAACUUGAUGUUCGGGACGCGGUACUUCUCAGGGCCGGUGAAGGUGGGUUCUGACGGCAUUGUGGAGUCGCUGUGUGACUACCACAUGAGCGACCUGGAGCGCGGGCUGCUCAACGAGGCGCUGCCGCUCCUGCACGAGGACGUCUCCAAGGGAGAGGAAUACGCCGGGGUCGUCAAAACUUUAGGCCGCUAUUAUACUUGACUGUAAAAUUGCAAUGUGAUAACAAGGAGUUCAGUUCCUCCUAUUUGUCUAUUUUAUAAUAAUGUUAUU